AUGUCAGAGCAGCCAAGUGAAGACUCGUUUUAUGGUCCAGUAUGGUGGAAGAAAGGAGGGGUGGGAUUUCAAUACCAGGUGGGCGAAUUUGUCUACUGGAUGGACGAUUCCACGUUGAGUGAAGACGAAGACUUUGCAAAGACUCUGGUGGAGACUGGCGGAAAGGGGAAGAUAAUAAGUAUUAGGCCCCCACCCGAUGAGGACGAGGAUGAGGAUCAGGCAAGAAUCAUCAUCCUAGUGGAAUUGGAGGUUUACUGGGAUGCCGAAAUCUCAGCAUCUGCCAAUGGAGUUCCAGAAGAGCUUCAUGAGCAGCUCUCUUCAUUUGACAUUUACCCUGGUGAGCUAAUUCAGCUCAAGGGGGUUUCCAUUGUCUGGUCUUGGAGGGACAUCAAACAUUCAUGUCCUGUUAUCCAAUCUAUCUUUGAUCGCCAAGCCUUCUCUGAAGCACAGGCAGGGAACAUAGUCCCUCACUACUAUGAGGGUUGGUUUUGGAUCCGGUUCUUCCAAGAGGGACUUGAAGGGUUUCAUCCUAUCGAGAACCAUUCCUACACGAUGGCUGAGGUCCUUCAGUCAGUCCUGCCUGAGGGUACUGCACAUGCGUACCAAUUGACAGAUUUGCAUCCUGACGUGUGCAAGAUCGCAAAGGUUGCUUGCAGUGACCUCACACUUUUUGGCUUACCAGAAGGCAGCAACUGGAGCCUCAAGGAAGAAUUGACCACCUUCCAUGCUAGGAAACGGUAUAUCUUGGCAGCAGCAGAAGAGCUAGCAAGAUUGUCCUCUCAGCCUAGUCAAAACGUUGGACUUGAGGCAAGCGCUUUCGUAACUGAGGAGUUCGAAGCACUCUUUGAGAUGGAACUCCUGCACGAGGGGGUGUACAUCAAGUAUCGGUGUGGUAAUUGCAGCAGGCUAUUUUGA